AAUUCCUGGUAAACGUUGGAUCAACAUUGAGGUAGAUAAGGCAAGGCAAGCACAAGCCACAGGUGCUAUCGCCUGAUAAAGGAUACUCACGGCUAAAAUGAGAGCAGUAUUCUCUACCUAGUGUGUAUGUGUGUUGAUUGUGAAGAUUCAAUAUUUGAAUUGUGGAUUUGGAUUGAGAGUAACGACGGUGCAUUACAAUUGGAUACAUCUGCGAAGUUAUGAGCCUCCCAACAAGUGAUUCCACAAUGAAGCUCUGUCUUUUCCUCGUAAUUUUCGUAUACAAAUGCAGCAACUAUUACUCCUGUGUCGAAUAUGACUUGGCGGAUUCAAGUCAGGUGGAAAAGGAUUUUACAUCCCCAUUCGUUUAUGAUCAGGAAAAAGAUGGCGACUAUAUCUCCAACAACGGAUUAGUGUUUGAAUUUCGAAGAAGCAUCAAAAGUGACAACACCGAGAUAGAAGCGAGAAGACGUAGUGCGUUGGAUAAAAAUUUCAUGCGCUUUGGAAGAUCCGACCCAACAACUCAGCAACGCGCAGUGCGAGCAAAUCUCAUGCGAUUUGGGCGGGCGGAUCGGGGAUUUUUACGAUUCGGCAAGACACCAAAUGGUGUUCCAUAUUCGCUAGUUGGCGCCAACAAUCCAAAGGAUGAUUCGGAUGAUAGCAGUGAGGAAACAACAUUCACGAAACGAACACCCAACUCUUCGGAGGAAACCGAAAUAAGUGAAUCCGGCGAGCAAAUUAAACCGAAACAAUUAGUACAAUUUCGCAGGGAAUCUCCUAAAAAUCUUAUGAGGUUCGGCAAAAGAGGAGAGGAUGACGAUUUCGUCAGAGUGAAUCGUGCUAAUCUUAUGCGAUUUGGUCGGGCGGGAAACGGUUCCAACAGAAAUAUGCUACGCUUUGGUCGGGCUAGUGCAAAUAUGAUGCGUUUCGGUCGAGCGAAGGGAAAUUUAAUGCGAUUUGGUCGUUCAGAUCCUCGAUUUUUGAGGCUUGUGAAAAUGGAUAACAAUUUUAUGCGAUUCGGGCGAUCCGACAAAUCUUUAAAACCUACGAACAACAACAAAACACACACAUCGGAGAUAACUGCUGAUGACAGUGAAGAUGCAGUGAUCGAUUCCACACGGCUGGCAACAGAUAAAUAUGACACUUCGCUGACGAAACCAUCCGACGACGAUUAUGAAGUUUAUCUACGUGAAGAGGACAUUCUUGUUCCAGUUCACGUUAGCAAUCAUUAAUGUUUUUUCCAGGUACAUUGCAAGUGAAUGAUGAUGAUGUAAUCUCAAGAGUGAAACAAAAUCAGGUUGUUAAUGUAAUAAAGAAAUUCGUGCAGAAUUAGAAACAGGGCUGGGAUUAACAACCUUAUUUUGAUACGAUGAGGCAAAAUCUCCGACGAUGUUUGCAGUUCUCCAAAAUGCCAAGCACAACUAAUAGACUAACAAGAUGAACUAUUGAUUUAUUAUAUUUAUAAAUUUUGCAGAGUGAUUCUAGUUGUUAUUAUCAUUAUCAUCUGAGCCAUACAAACUGUACUUAGAAAUCUUAAUAAAAAUAUAUGCAUCAA